UCCAAGUGUAGGUCAUAGGUGGUCUUUUGUGGUCCUGGGCUGGUGUCCAAGAUCAGCCUUGGUUUCGCUUCUGUAAUUAGCUGGCAGCAAGGCUGAAACCUACUCCAGAGGAGAAUGCUAAGGCAGCUGAUCUCCAUCAGCUGUCACCAGACCAGUCUCUUCCUGUCCAUCCCAAAUCUGUUCUCUUACAUGUUCAUUGCCUGCUCGGCCCAGGCUGAUGGGCGCUCUGCUCUCAUCUAUCUUCUGUGGAGCUGGGUUUGUGUUGUCUGAAGCUAGCCAGGGUGUUCCUGUUCUGUCUGCGAGCUGGCUGCCCCUUCUCAUGCCCUGGCUGGGAACUGAUCUGUUUGCGAGUUUGCUGUUAGCAGCAGAUACCCUUGGAAAAGAGGAAUGAAGCCCCUCGCCGAAUGGGUGGCCUUCUGGAACUGUCCCCUUGACUGAGGACCAAGAGCCUGCCUAAGGGUACAGCCCAGCCCGGAGGUACCAGCCGCCCGUUCCUCCAGCGCUGGGUUAGUUUGAUCCUCACCUCUCUGCAAUGGCUUCUGGAGGGGAGGGUCCAGCCGAUGGCUCCCCUGACUGGGCUGACACCAGCAUCGAUCUUGGCUCACUGGGCCUCGCCAAGGCCAGCGCCUCCAUGCUGGACAGCGGGGAGGACUUUGAAGUCCUAGAUGAGGAUGACGACGAUGACCUGAGUGAACUCCCCCCUUUGGAGAACAUAGGGACGGGAAGGGCCCCACCAGCCAGAGAUGACACCCAGGCACCUGGGUCAGAACAAGCCCUGGAGGAGGUCUCCAACGUGCCCUGGGCAGCUGAGAAGUGGCUUGAUGUCUUGGGGAGUGGCUUACUCAAGAAGAAGACCCUGGUGCCAGGUCAAGGCGUGGAGAGCCGGCCGCGCAAAGGCCAAGAUGUCACUGUCCGACUCAAGGUGAUGCUGGAGGAUGGCAGAGUGGUGGAGGACAAUCCCAGCCUCUCUUUCACCCUGGGAGACUGCGACGUCAUGCAGGCCCUAGACCUGUGUGCGCAGCUGCUGGAAAUGGGAGAAACUGCCUUGAUCAUGUCGGAUGCCAAAUACUGCUACGGCCCACAGGGAAGGAGCCCCGACAUCCCGCCCCACGCAGCCCUCACCCUGGAAGUGCAGCUGCUGGCCGUGCAGGACGCUCCCGACCUGGAGCUCCUCCGGGGAGGAGAGAAAAUCCAGCUGGCCAAUCGCAAGCGGGAGCGCGGGAACUUCUACUACCAGCAGAUGGACUAUGUGCUGGCCAUCAACUCCUAUGACAUCGCCCUGAAGACCAUCAACUCCAGCUCCAAAGUCCACUUCAGCCCAGAGGAGGAGACUGAGCUGCUGGAGGUGAAGGUGAAAUGUCUCAACAACCUGGCAGCCUCUCAGCUCAAGCUGGACCAUUAUGAGGCUGCCCUGAGAUCCUGCACCCAGGUCCUGGAGCACCAGCCGGAGAACAUCAAGGCCCUCUUCCGCAAGGGGAAGGUGCUGAUGCAGCAGGGUGAGUACAGCGAGGCCAUACCCCUCCUCAAAGCCGCUUUGAAGCUGGAGCCGUCGAACAAGACUAUCCAUGCGGAGCUCUCCAAGUUGGUGAAGAAACACGCGGAGCAGAAGAACGUGGAGAGCGCGAUGUACAGGAAGAUGCUGGGGAACCCUGGCACGAGCAGCACCCCUGCAACAUGCAAAGCCAAGUCACCCUGGGCCAUUCCCUGGAAGUGGCUCUUUGGCGCAACAGCUGUAGCGCUCGGUGGCGUGGCCUUGUCUGUUGUCAUAGCCGCAAGGAACUAGUGUCGUCUGCGGAGAGGCCCAAGGAGCUGGGCCGCACCCCAGUCUGCCCCACCAGCUGCCCCGGCACCUCCGGACCUGCACCGGCGUGGACUGUCUGAUUUCCUCCCACCAGAGAGGAACCGGAGCUCUGUGCAUCGCUCCCCUCCCUGUUACCCACUGAUUGUCAAUCACAGAAACAACCUUCUCUGCCAGAGGGGCCUGGCACCCCCACACGUGAGAUCAGCAGUUGCAGCAGCCCCUUUGCAGCAGGAUGGGGCAUGGCUGGAGGGCUGGCAGGCCAGGUGGAGAUGCCCAGAGUGGGCCAGCCCUGUGUGUGUGGGACGAAGAGCCCGGCAUUUCCACGCAUUGACCACUGGUCCCUCAUCCUCCUGCCCCAGCAGAACUUGCAACCUGGUGCCAGCAGUGCGCUAACUGUUCUGGUACCAUUUGCCCCCUUCUGAUGGUCGGUCAGGCAGGAAGGGGCUCCCCUAAGAACCAAUCUAGGUUAAGGGAUGCAGCUGUUUCUGGGGGAGGGUAGAGCAGGCAGGGCUUGUGUGGCCAUGACUCUGGUUUGCCAGGGCCCAUGGCAGUGGCUGCUCUCCAUGCGGCUGUGGGGGAGGGCAUGCAAUCAGCACCCCAUCCCCUAGGUACUGGGAGCCGGUAGCCAUGUCUGUGGGUGCCAUUGUAAAAUGAGCUUGGCUUGCUACAGUACCACAGCCUCAGCUGCCUGUUGCAGCAAAGCUAGCGAGGGCUGGCUUAGAACAGUCUGUUUUUCUGUUGUAAAAGCUUCUAGUGCCACUGCAGCCACCAUGCUCUGUGCCAGGUUUCCCUGGGUGAUGGAGGUGGCACCUUGGCCCUGUCCCUGGGCAGUGGGGGCAGCCAGGAGAGCACAGCCCCUCCAGCAGACGAUGAGGGGGCUCUCUGAGAGCAUCCUGCCCCCCCCAGCAUUCAUGCACACACUUGUCAAGCACCAUGUGGCAGGAACGGUGCAGGGACGCAAUGUCUGCGUGUCUCAUGUCCACUUCAUCCCUCUGUCUCCUAGGGGUUUGAUCUCUACAGUCCCCCUGGGGAGGGUAUUUUCCCCUCAGCCUGUAGCUCUGUCCAGUCCAGUUCCUGUGCCUCCCUCCCCACUGUGCAGCAGGGCCCAUGUCUUGUGUGUAUCUACACUGUCCUACCAGCUGCGCAGCUAUGGAGUCAAAGUACUAUUCUCUCCUCUUCCCCCCCACCCCCCAUCAACUGAAAAUCCCCAAUAAAAGGACAUCUCUCAGUU